UAUAAACGUUGUAAAAAUGAUGCUUGGCUUUGAGAGUGUUAUAAAAAUAAGAGAUAAAAAUUUUAUUAUUUAACAAACAUAAAUAUAAUAAUUGUUCUUAAAUGUAUUAUUUGUUUAAAUAAAAAAAAAAAGGUUUAAUAAUAUAUUUAAAAAAUAAAAAAAAGGAGUGUAUGAUUAAAGUAAACACGUGAAUGUUUUUCUUUUUAUUUUUUUUUUUUUUUCAUUUGGCAAUAAAAUGUCGGACAAUAUUAAAGUUGCAAUUAAAGUUAGACCAUUAAUAAAACGUGAAAAAGAAGAACAAGCUAAAAUACAAUGGACUGUACAAGAAAAUACAAUAUCACAUAUUGGGCCAAAAAUUGGCAAAGCAGAUUCAACAUAUCAAUUUGAUCAUAUAUUUGACUCUGGCAAAACAAACCAUGACGUGUUUGAAGCAACAGCAAGACCAAUUGUUGAUGCAGCAAUGAAAGGAUAUAAUGGCACAAUAUUUGCAUAUGGACAAACAAGUUCUGGUAAAACAUAUACGAUGAUGGGCUGUGAAAGUGAACCAGGUGUUAUUCCAUUAUCAGUUAAUCGUAUAUUUAAUUUUAUUGAAAAUGAUCCAGUUAGAGUUUAUUUAUUACGUGUAUCAUAUCUUGAAAUUUAUAAUGAAAAAAUUCAUGAUUUAUUACGUAAAGAUACAUGCAAAGAUAAUGAUGGUUUAAAAAUAAAAGAAGAUUUAAAUGGUAAUGUUACUGUUGAUUGUACAGCAAUUGUUGCAAAUUCAUCAACAGAAGUAUUAAGAGCUAUGAAAAUUGGUGAUAAAGCAAGACGUGUUGGUGAUACAAAUAUGAAUGAAAGAAGUAGUAGAAGUCAUACAAUAUUUAGAAUUGAAAUUGAAUCAUGUGAAAAAGCUAAUCCAGAAGGUGCAACAAUAUCAGCACAACUUAAUUUAAUUGAUCUUGCUGGUUCAGAAAGACCUAAAACAACUGGUGCAACUGGUGAACGUUUUAAUGAAGGUAGACAUAUAAACUCAUCAUUAUCAACAUUAUCACUUGUUAUUAAACAGCUAAGUGAAAAUGGUAAUGGAUAUAUUAAUUUUCGUGAUUCAAAAUUAACAAGAAUAUUACAAACGUCAUUAGGUGGUAAUGCUAUGACAACAAUAAUAUGUGCUGUAACACCAGCUGGUGAUGAAGAAACUGAAUGUACACUUGCAUUUGCACAACGUGCUAAAGGUAUUAAAAAUAAACCAUGUGUUAAUAAAACAAUAUCUGAUCAAGUAUUAAUUAAAAAAAUGUUUAAACAAGUUAAUAAUUUAACUGCACAAAUUGAUCAAAUGGAAUCAAAAUUAUUGGAAAAAGAUAAACAAAUAUUAUUUGGUAGAAUUGAAUUAUUAACAACGAGAAUGUUAUCUGGACAAGUUAAAGAAUCAAUAAAUGAUCGUCAAGGUCGUAAUAGAAGACGUACAUGGGGUGGUCCUGGUAUGAAUUUUGCUUAUCGUGAAUUACCAACAAUUGAAGAAAAUGAACAAUUAGAUAAACAAUAUAAUGAUGAAGAAGAAAAAAAAAAUUAUGCUAAAAGACGACAAAGUGUUAUACAAAUAAAUAAUCCUGAUUGUUCAUUUAAAGUUGAAAUUCCAGAUUUUGAAUGGGAACUUAUUAAAGCUGAAAAAGAAAGAUUGAGGCAAUCAAAUGGUAGUACUGAUGGUGAAUUUGAUUGUUAUGAUUCAGCUAAAAAAAGAAUACAAUUUGCCAAAGAAGAUGAUAUGAGAAUUAUUGAAUCACCUUGUUGUACACCUGAAAAAAAAUAUCAACGAGAAACAUCACCUGAUACACCAAAAAAUGUACUACGUAAUAAAAUUAUAUCACUUGAAACAAAUUAUAAUGAUCUUCGUGAAUUUACAACAUUAGAACAACAAAUAUCACAAGAAGAUUCAGAAGCUGCAGCAAAAUAUCGUGCUUAUGAAAAAAAUAUGGCAUUUUUACAAAAAACACUUGCUGACAGUGAACAAAUAUGCAGGGAUACAAAUAAAAAAUAUGCUGAGCUUCAAAGUGAAUUUGCAAUAUUAUCAAGUAAACAUGAUAAAUCAACUGAUGAUUGUAAAAAUUUAACUCAACAAAUUGAAUCAUUGCAUAAGCUACGUGAUAAUUAUGUAAUUGUUGAGUCAGAAAAAGAUGAUUUUAAAACAAAAUAUAUUGAAGCAAAUAAAAAAAUUGAUGAACUUGAAGGAGAAUCGUCAUCUUAUGCAUUUGAAUUGGAACACUUGAAGGUAAAAUUUAAAAAACGUGAACAAGAGCUAGAAGCAUCAUUGAACACAGCCUGGGAAGAAUUAAAAAGCUUAACUGGUCUUGAUCAAGAUGAAAGAAAACAGGUUGUUAAUAAAGAAAUUGUUGAAUUACAAUCUGUUGUUGAUAAUGUCAAUGAAAAAUUGAGAGAUUCAUUUAAUGAAAAUACUUCACUGAAUGAUAAAAUUCAGGAGCUUGAAAUUGAAUUGAAAAAAUUACAAGAUAGUAAUUCUUUAUUGACAAAACAAGUUGAUGAAUUUUCACAAUGUCACGAUGACAUUGAUAAAUUAUCCAAGAAGAUUUGUCAACUUGAAAAUGAUAUUAUUGAUAAAGAUAAUCAAAUUGAAAGCUUUGAGUCAAUUAAAGUUAAUAAUAAUUUAUUAUUACAACAAAUUCAAGAGUUGAAAAAUACUCAAGAAGAAAAUAUAAAUAAAAUUAAUAAAUUCGAGAUAUUAAUUGCUGAUAAAGAGUGUAAUAUUGCUAAAAUUAAAGAAGAGUCAAGUAAUCAAAUUGAUGAGUUAAAUAGAAAUAUUGAACAGCUAAAUGCUAAUUAUUUAACUGAUCAACAAGAGUAUAUGAAAAAAAUAAAAGAACUUGAAGAUAUUGUUGAUGAAAAAAAUAAAGAAAUAUCAAAUUUAGAAGCAAUGAAAUUGGAAUAUAAUUUAUUGGCUAAAGAACUUGAAGAAUCAAAAUUAAAUCAUUCAACAAUUAAAGAUGAAUUUAGUAAAAAAAUAAGUCAACUUGAAGAAAUAGCUACUGAAAAAGAUGGUCAAUUGAAAAAUUUAGAAACAACAAAAUUAGAAAUUGAUUCAUUGAUUAAAGAAUUGGAAGAAUCAAAAAUGAAUAAAGCAGCAGUUGAAGAAGAAAGCUUGAAAAAAAUAAAUCAACUUGAAGAAAUAAUUGCUGAAAAAGAUGGUCAAUUAAAACAUUUAGAAAUGAAAAUUUCUGAAUUUGAUUCAUUGAUUAAAGAAUUGGAAGAAUCAAAAAUAAAUAAAGCAACAAUUGAAGAAGAAAGUUUGAAAAAAAUAAAUCAACUUGAAGAAAUAAUUGCUGAACAAAAUAGCCAGUUAAAAAAUAUAGAAACAACAAAAUUAGAAAUUGAUUUAUUAAAUAAAGAAUUGGAAGAUUCAAAAGCAAAUAAGUCAACAGUUGAAAAAGAAAGCUUGGAAAAAAUAAAACAACUUGAAGAAGCAAUAGCUGAAAAAGAUGCACAACUCAAAAAUUUAGAAACAAAAAAUUCAGAUGUUGAUUUAUUGAAUAAAGAAUUGGAAGAUCUUGAAGCAGAAAAUAAAUUAACAACAAGUAACGAGCUUAUUGACAAAUUAAAAAUUGACAUUGAUCAAAUACAAUUAAAUCUCAAUGAAAAAAAUGAAGAACUUAUCAAUAUGAAAUCUCGUUUUGAUGAGUUAGAAAAUUUACACAAACAACAACAAAAUCAAGACACAUUAAACAUUGAAAAUGAAUUAUCUUCAUUAACAAAAUUAAUGUCAAUUAAAAAUGAUGAAAUUCAAACAGCAAUAUCACAAAUUGAAUCACAAGAAUCUGAAAUUUCACGUCUCAAUAAAUUAAUUAAUGAUUCAAAUGACACACAAACAAAAGCAACUGAAUUGAUUGAACAACAAAAAAAUGAGCUUCUAGAUACCAAAGAGAAUAUAAUGGCUCUAGAAACCGAAAUUGCUGAACGAAAUAAUGCAAUGAAAAAUUUAGAAAAAUUGCUUGAAAAUAAGACAAUUGAAUUAACUAAAAUUGUUGAAGAUUUUGAGAAUAAAAUUGCUUGUCUUGAGAGUGAAAAAGAACAUCUAAAAAAUGAGCUAAAUGAUGUAGUUACAAUGAUGGAAGAAAAAGAUGAAAAAUUCCUAAAAAUUAAAGAUGAAGUGAAUAAAAUUUGUGCUGAAAGAGAAUUAUUGCUAAAAGAAAUAAGCCAAUUGAAAGAAGAACCUGAUCAGAAUGUAUCAAAUAAUAAUGAUACAGACAAAAAAAUAGACUUGACACGUGAAUCUGAAGUGACUGAAAAAUCUUUGAUAAAUAAUCAUGAAGUGACAUCAAAUAAAUCAUUGAAUAGCACACAAUUAAAUUCAAGUUGUUUAAAUAAUAAAAAUAUAGAUUUGGUAACAAGUGAUAAUGAUUCAAGUAGUAUGUUUGCUAAUGGAAGUUAUUUUGAAAAUAUGAGUAUGUCUGUUGGACCAGGUGAUUCAGUAUUUGCCAAUUCUUUAUUAUCAAAUAAAUCAUGCUAUGAAAAUGGCAGCAUUGAACAGAAUAAUAAAUAUAUUAGCCACAAUGAAACAACAUUAUUGCUAGAUAAUACAAAUAAAAAUACAUCAAUAUUUAAUGAUAUUAUUAUAACAAAUGACAUUGGUAAAUUAAAUGAUAAAACAAUUGAUGAACUUAAAUCAAUAAUAAAUGAAUUUAUUAAUUUAAAAAUAACACUUGAAGAAGAAAAUAUAAAACUUGAAGAUAAUUUAAAACUAAAAAUACGUGAAAUUGAAGAAUUAAAAAAUGAUUUUAAAGAUUUUGGAUGUGAUAUGGAAAAUUUACAAAAAACAGUACAACUUUUAUCAACUGAAAAUUCGGAAUUAACUGUUAAAUUAUCACAAGAAAAAGAACAAUUAAUAAACAUGAAAAUUAAAUUUGAAAAUGAAAUUAAAAAACUAAAUGAUAAUAUUCAAAAUGAUAAUGAUAACAGUCAAAUAUUAAUUGAAUUAAAAAAACAAAUUGAAAAUUUAACAAAAGAACAUGAUAAAUUAUUCGAAAAUUUGACAGAAAAAAAUAAAAAUUUUGAUGAAAUACAAGAAAAAUUGACAGUUGAAUUAUCCAAAAAUACAAAUUUAAAAGAUGAAAAUAUUGAAUUGUCAAAUAAUCUUAUGGAUAAAAUUGAAGAGUGUGAUUUAUUGACAGAUAAAUUACGUUCAUAUGAAUCAUCAAAGCUUCCAGAAAAUAAUAAAAAUGAAUUAAAUAUGCUUAAUGCUAAAAUACAAGAAUUAAAAUUAUUAAAUUCAAAAUUAAUUGAAGAGAAGCUAACAUCAUGCUCUCAAUGUGUCCACCUGAUUGAAAAGAAUGAAUUCCGUAAAGCAUUAAAGAAUGACAUUCGAAAUUUCAAUAUUAAAUUAAAAGAGCUGCAAAAAAAAUUCGAUCAAGAAUCAGCUGAUGCUGAAAUUUUACGCUCAAAGGUUAACCAAGAUUUAGACACAAGUAUCAAUGAGUUAUCAUUGAAUACAAGUAUCAUGGAAGGUGUUGAUGUAUCAUAUGCUGAAGAAAAAAUUCAGCUUCUUCAGGCAGAGCUUGACAAUGUACAACAAAAUUAUGAUAAAUUAUCGUCACGUUAUCGUGAACAAUCUGAAGAAAUUGAUAGACUUCGUGAUAGCAGUGUGUCACCUGAUAACUCAUGUUUAUCAGAUGAUUUAAAAUCAUCAAAAUCAAAUAUCAAACGUGAAGAAAAAAUAUGUAGUCUUGAAAAAAUUCUCAGUCAAGAAUUAAAUGACAUUAAUUAUAUUAAAAAGAAAAUUGAAAACAUCAAUAUAGUUUUGCAAAAAUUAAAAACAAAUAAACAAACAACUGAAGCUGAAAUUGAUGCAUUAAAAUUGUCGAAUAAAUUAGCUGAUGAAAAAUUAGUAGACUCUCAAUUUGAAUUGGAUAAAUUAAAAUCACAGCUAACAAAUCUUGAUGAACAAAUUGAAAAAUUAAUGACUGAAAAUAAGAGUAUUAAAGAUGUUAAUUCAGCUCUUGAUUUAGAAAUUGUUAAUCUCAAUGAAAAUUUAAAUAACACCAAGGAAAAAAAUGAAGAAUUGAUAAAAGAAUUUGAAUUAUUUAAAUCAUCUCAAUCUACAGAAAUUGAAUCAUUGAAUAAAAUAAUUAAAGAGUACAAAGAAAGUACUAAAAAACUUGAAACAUCUAUUGAAGAUUUAAACAAUAAAUUAGAUAAUUGUAACAGUGAAAAUUUAAAUUUGAAAGAUGAAUUAACAAGACUACAAAAUGAAACAUCAAAUACCAAUAUUUUAAAUAAAACAGAUAAUCAAAUGGAAAUUUGUGACAAUUAUGAUACAAAUAAAAAUGAUGAAAAUUCAAAGGAUGAAAUGUUAAAAGCACUUGAUGAACUUGAAGAAGCUAGAUUAACAAUUAAAAAAGAAAUAUCAUCAUUAAAACAAUGUCAAUCAUCUGAACUGUCUGAGUACAAUGAUAAAACAGUUGCUGAAUUAUUUCAAAUAUUUAUCACUGUUAUCAUGACAAAAGAACAAGAAAUAAUAAAAAAAUUAAUGUAUGAUAAUGAAAAAGAAAAGAAAAAAUUAAUUGAAAAGCUAAAUGAAACAGAAAGAUCAAAGUUACGUUUAACAAAUUGGUCAAAAGAACUUGAAGCAGAUGUUGAAAGAUUACAAUCACAAUUAUCAUCACAUGAAGAAAAAACAUCUGGUUAUAUUAGUAAAAUAUUAAACCUAGAAAAUUUAAUAAAAGAAUAUGAUCAUGAAAAAUUAUUAAUAAAUGAAAAAAUGAAUGUUAUGGAAAGUGAUUUUAAUACAUUACAAAUUGACUAUGAAAAAUUAAAAAAAGGUGAAGUUACAAGUGCAAUUCAAUCAUCACAAAAUAUUGAUAAACAAAUUGAAAAAGUAAUUGAAAAUUAUGAAAUUGAAUGUAAUAAUAAAAUAAAUAAAAUUGAUAAAGAAUAUAAAUUUAAAAUUGAUGAGUUAACAAAUUCAAAUGAGCUAUUAAAAACUAAAAAUAUUGAAUUACAAAGUAAUUUAGAUUGUCAAGAAGCCAAUGAAAGACAGCUUAAAUCAAUUGUCGAUUUAAAAACAAAUGAAUAUUUAAAAUUAACAACUAAAUAUGAUCAAUUAAAUGAACAAUUUAAACAAAUUAAUAACAGCCAUGUACAAUUAACACAAGAUAAUUCACAAAAUAUUAAAAAACUUGAUGAAAUAACACUGCUGUUGAAGAAAAAAUGUGAUAAAUUAUCAGAAUAUAAAAAUCAAUUAGAAACAAUACAGCCAAAUUAUGAUAUUAUCAAGGAACAAUUUGAUGAAAGAGAAAUACGUUUAGAAAAAUAUAAAACAGAAGUAACCACAUUGAGAGAUGAAAAUUCAAAACAACUAAUAAUUCUACAAAAUUUAAAGGAUAAAUUUGAAGUUGAAAAAAUUAAAAUAAAUAAUUUAAACCAACAGCUUGAUGAUUUAACAAAUAAAAAUACAACAAUACAAUUUGAUUAUGAAAAAAUUAAAGAAAAAUGUGAAGAAUUUGAGAGUGAAAAUCAGCGAUUAAUUAGAAGAAUGAGAAAUAGUACUGAACGUGAAAUAUUUAAACAACAAACAGCUGAUUUAAUUGAUAAAAAUAAUGUACUACAACAAAAUCUUGAUGGUGCAUCAAAUAGAAUUGUUGAAUUACAAACAUCAAAAAGUGAAUUGUUAAAAUUAAAAAUAGAUUAUGAAACAAAAUACAAUAAUAUAUCUCAAGAAUAUGAAAAACUAAAUACAACAUUUGAUAAUUAUAAAAAAAAAACAGAAUCAAGAAGAUUAGAUAUAUCAUUUGAUGAAAAAUAUGAUGAUCUUGUACAAGAAAAAAAUAGAAUUGCACUUGAACUAGAAGAAAAAAAAUCAAUGUGUUUACAAUAUGAAAAAAAAAUAACAAUACUUGAAGCUAAAAAUAAAGAACUUGAUGAUGAAAUGAAUGACAUGGUACAAAAAAUUCAUGAAACUGAACAUGAAAAAGAUCUCGUUGACAUUGAACUCUACGAUUUAAAAGGAACAAUUGAAAAUGAACGUGCAUCAUGUAAAUGUAGAAAUAAUAAUAAUAAAACAAUACCAAUGAGCUCAGAAUUAAUAAAGCAAUGUAAUGAAUUAAAAUAUAAAUUAAAUAAUAGUUACAAUAAUAAUAACGAUUCAAUAUUACGUGAAUCAAAAAGUACAAGUAGUUCACGUAGUACAAGUCCAACACCAUUAUCAUCAAAGCGUAAACAACGUAGAAGUGAUUUAUUUAAUAAAAAUCGUCCAAGUUCACUUACUGAAGAAUUAACUGUUAGUGAAGAUACACCAUUACCACCAUGUCAACAAUGUGAUGUUUAUAAAAAUGAAUGUGAAUUAUUACGUCAACAAAUGAUCAAGCUUGAACAAUCAUCAGCUUUAAAAUCAAAUCACAUUAAAUCACUUCAAUUACAACUUGAAGCUGAAACAUUUCCUUAUAAAAAAAAAUGCCAAGAAUAUCAAUCAAUUUUAACGGCAUUUAAAAAAGAAAAACAUCAAAUGAAUUUGGAGAUUCAUAAGCUAGCACAAUCACAAUUAAAUUCUGUUUGUCAACGUUGUAAAAAUUGGAACAAUAAUAAACAUGAUAAAUCUGUACAGUGUAUACCACCAAGAGAACCAAUUGCUAUGUUGUCAAGACCAUCUGGUAUUGUUGAACAACAUAUGGAAGUUGAAAAAUUAAAAUCUGAUAAAGUAGAAUUGAAAAAAUUAUGUCUCAGUAGAAGAACACAAAUUGUUGAGCUUCAAAAAACCAUUGAUUUACAAAAUGAAGAGAUUGAAAAAUUACGUAAUCAAGUGGCAAUUAAAUUUCCAAUACAGCCAGUUUUUAAAAACACGUCAUUGGAAUGCAAAGAAAAUUUAUCAACAAAUAUAAUGGGUCAAGUGGAAAUGAAAAAUCGACAUCGUUUAUGGCUUGAUAAAUAAAGUCAAAAUAUAUUUAAACACAUAUUUUUUUGUGUGUAAAUAACGAAAUUUAUAUUUAUAUUUUUUUACU